UUGUUAGAAAGUUAAUGGCUGGGGGGAAAGAGAUUCUCUUCUCGCUUCAGGAGAGUUUGAGGAUUUUCUGAAGUGAAAACAUAAUUAUUUAAAACUAUAUUACCCCAAGCAAGUAUAGGACAAUAUUACAUUUGUUAAUAUACAUAUUAUUUAGGGAAGUAUGCAGGAUGCAGUAGCCGGGACAGCAAUGCUGACGGACGGCUUCGAGGACGAGAUUGACUCGGUGACUCCGCGCUCCCCUGCGGUAGGGAUGGGGGUAGGAGCAACACCAGGAGCCGGACUCGGGGGCCUAGGGAUUGGUGUCGGUGGAAAAAAAGUUCGCUUAUUCGGCGAGGCCGGUGGGUCCGCAACAGACAGGCUGGAUUUUAAACUCGCUGCGGCUGCAGUGCUUUCCUCCGGCCCUGGAUCCGGCAGCGACGAAGAUGAGGUUUCUGAGGUGGAGUCCUUCAUCCUGGACCAGGAGGACCUGGAGAACCCCAUGCUGAAAACGGCAUCAGAGCUCCUCCUCUCCAGUGCGGCGGACGGAGCUGACCUCAGAACAGUGGACCCGGAGACGCAGGCCCGGCUGGAGGCCCUGCUGGAGGCUGCAGGCAUUGGUAAACUGUCGACGGCGGACGGUAAAGCGUUCGCAGAUCCCGAGGUGCUGCGGAGGCUGACGUCGUCGGUGAGCUGUGCGCUGGACGAGGCUGCGGCCGCCCUGACGCGCAUGAGGGCCGAGAACACGCUCAACGCCGGGCAGGCCGACAACCGCAGCCUGGCAGAGGCCUGUUCGGACGGAGACGUCAACGCGGUGCGGAAGCUUCUGGACGAGGGGCGGAGCGUGAACGAGCACACGGAGGAGGGGGAGAGCCUGCUCUGCCUGGCCUGCUCCGCCGGCUACUACGAGCUGGCUCAGGUCCUGUUAGCCAUGCACGCUAAUGUGGAGGAUCGGGGCAUUAAGGGUGACAUCACACCCCUCAUGGCGGCAGCCAGCGGCGGCUACGUCGACAUCGUCAAACUGCUCCUGGUACAUGGAGCCGACGUCAACGCACAGUCCUCCACGGGAAACACAGCGCUAACGUACGCGUGCGCGGGCGGCUUCGUGGACGUGGUGAAGGUGCUUCUGAAAGAGGGCGCGAACAUCGAGGACCACAACGAGAACGGCCACACGCCCCUGAUGGAGGCGGCCAGCGCGGGGCACGUGGAGGUGGCCCGCGUGCUGCUGGAGUACGGAGCCGGCAUCAACACACACUCCAACGAGUUCAAGGAGAGCGCGCUCACACUCGCCUGCUACAAAGGACACCUGGACAUGGUGCGCUUUCUGUUGGAGGCGGGAGCCGACCAGGAGCACAAGACUGACGAGAUGCACACGGCGCUGAUGGAGGCCUGCAUGGACGGCCAUGUUGAGGUGGCUCGGCUGCUCCUGGACAGCGGGGCGCAGGUGAACAUGCCCGCCGACUCCUUCGAGUCCCCGCUCACGCUGGCGGCCUGCGGAGGCCACGUGGAGCUGGCCGCGCUCCUCAUCGAGAGAGGAGCCAACCUGGAGGAGGUGAACGACGAGGGAUACACCCCGCUGAUGGAGGCGGCCCGCGAGGGACACGAGGAGAUGGUGGCGCUGCUGCUCGCACAAGGCGCUAACAUCAACGCACAGACGGAGGAGACGCAGGAGACGGCGCUGACGCUGGCCUGCUGCGGCGGCUUCCUGGAGGUGGCCGACUUCCUGAUCAAGGCGGGGGCCGACAUCGAGCUGGGCUGCUCCACCCCCCUCAUGGAGGCCGCCCAGGAGGGCCACCUGGAGCUCGUCAAGUACCUCCUCGCCGCAGGGGCAAAUGUCCACGCUACCACGGCGACGGGCGACACUGCGCUGACGUACGCGUGUGAGAACGGACACACAGACGUCGCGGACGUGCUGCUGCAGACCGGGGCUAAUCUGGAACACGAGUCGGAGGGCGGCCGGACGCCCCUGAUGAAAGCCGCCAGGGCGGGGCACUUGUGCACUGUGCAGUUCCUCAUCAGCAAAGGUGCGAACGUGAACAGGGCCACGGCCAAUAACGACCACACGGUGGUGUCUCUCGCCUGCGCGGGCGGGCACCUGGCUGUGGUGGAGCUGCUGCUGGCACACGGGGCCGACCCCACCCACAGACUAAAGGACGGCUCCACCAUGCUCAUCGAAGCUGCCAAGGGCGGCCACACCAACGUGGUGUCCUACCUGCUAGACUACCCAAACAACAUCCUCUCCGUUCCCGCCCCCGACAUGUCCCAGCUCACGCCCCCCUCCCACGACACGUCUCAGGUUCCUCGAGUUCCAUUCCAGGCCCUGGCCAUGGUGGUGCCCCCCCAGGAGCCGGACCGAGUGCCCUCCACCAUCACGGCCCCCCCGCCGGUCACCAGCAAAGGUGCGUCCAAGGUGCCGCGGCAGAGCCCCCUACAGGCCGGGACGGUCGCCGCGGGGGCGGUCCCGGGUGGCGGGGGCGGCGGGGCCGAAUCGGAGCCCCUGCCGCCCUUCCACCCCUACCAGCCGCUGGAGUGCAUCGUGGAGGAGACGGAGGGCAAGCUGAACGAGCUGGGCCAGCGCAUCAGCGCCAUCGAGAAGGCCCAGCUGCAGUCCCUGGAGCUCAUCCAGGGGGAGCCGCUCACCAAAGACAAGAUCGAGGAGCUGAAGAAGAGCCGCGAGGAGCAGGUGCAGAAGAAGAAGAGGAUCCUGAAGGAGCUGCAGAAGGUGGAGCGGCAGCUGCAGCUCAAGACCCAGCAGCAGUUCACCAAAGAGUACAUGGAGGCCCAGGGCUCGCGGGACCACCCGGGGGACGAGCCCUCCCCCUCCUCCCCCCCGGCGCCCGCCCUGCACCCCGCCCGGCUCGGCCUGGGGGAGGGCGAGGACGAGGACGAGGAGGGGCUGCCGCUCGCCACCGAGCAGGACGAGGAGGAGUUGGAGGAGGAGGAGGAGGAGGAAGAGGAGGAGGAGGACGACGAGGAGGACGAGGACGACGAGGAGGACGACGAGGACGAGGAGGACGAAGAGGGGGAGGAGCUGGAGGUGGGGGACUGCGCCAAGCUCCCGCAGGUGGACACCAUCCUGUACCGGGAGGCUCAGCCGCCCCCGCCCCCGCCCCCGCAGCCCCAGCUCCCGGGCCCCCUGCCGCCCCCGCUCCAGCCCCAGCCCAGCUUCAUCCCCGUGCCCGUGCAGCCCCUGCCCCCACAGCAGUCCACCGACUUCGGCAGCGCCGACUACCCCUGCGCUACCGGCGCCGACCUGCAGAGGGUGCUGGUGAGCCAGCAGAUGCUGGGGCCCGGCCUCCUCGCCACCCAGGCCCCCGACGGCCUCAUGGUGGCCACGCCCGCUCAGACGCUCACAGACACACUGGACGACAUCAUGGCAGCUGUGAGCAGCAGAGUGCCUAUGCUGAACACUACCACCUCGCCCACGCCCCAGCUCCCAGUGCAGACCCCCGGAAACGGCGUGUCCCCGCCCUCCAUGCUGCCCCUCUACCCCUCUGUGGACAUCGACGCACACACGGAGAGUAAUCACGACACGGCGCUGACGCUGGCCUGCGCAGGAGGACACGAGGAGCUGGUGUCUGUGCUGAUCGCCCGCGGAGCCAACAUCGAGCACCGCGACAAGAAGGGCUUCACUCCUCUGAUCCUGGCGGCUACAGCGGGUCAUGUGGUGGUGGUGGAGAUCCUGCUGGACAAAGGGGGGGACAUCGAGGCCCAGUCUGAGAGAACCAAAGACACCCCUCUCUCCCUGGCCUGUUCCGGGGGCCGCCAAGAGGUGGUGGAGCUUCUGCUGCUUCGAGGGGCGAACAAGGAGCACCGGAACGUGUCGGACUACACCCCACUCAGCCUGGCCGCCUCGGGGGGCUACGUCAACAUCAUCAAGAUCCUCCUCAACGCCGGCGCCGAGAUCAACUCCAGGACGGGGAGUAAGCUGGGCAUCUCACCCCUGAUGCUGGCGGCCAUGAACGGGCACGUCCCUGCGGUGAAGCUGCUGCUGGACAUGGGCUCCGACAUCAACGCGCAGAUCGAGACCAACCGCAACACGGCGCUCACGCUGGCCUGCUUCCAGGGCCGCGCCGAGGUGGUCAGCCUGCUGCUCGACCGCAAGGCCAACGUGGAGCACCGCGCCAAGACCGGGCUGACCCCGCUGAUGGAAGCUGCCUCGGGGGGCUACGCGGAGGUGGGGCGGGUGCUGCUGGAUAAGGGCGCUGACGUAAACGCCCCUCCCGUCCCCUCCUCCCGGGACACUGCCCUCACCAUCGCCGCAGACAAGGGCCACUACAAGUUCUGUGAGCUGCUCAUCAACAGAGGAGCUCACAUCGACGUGCGUAAUAAGAAGGGGAACACGCCCCUGUGGCUGGCGGCCAACGGCGGCCAUUUUGACGUGGUGCAGUUGCUGGUCCAGGCCGGGGCUGACGUGGACGCAGCCGACAACCGCAAAAUCACGCCUCUCAUGGCGGCUUUCCGCAAGGGUCAUGUGAAGGUGGUGCAGUACCUGGUGAAGGAAGUCAAUCAGUUCCCCUCUGACAUCGAGUGCAUGAGAUACAUCGCCACUAUCGCCGACAAGGAGCUGCUGAAGAAGUGCCACCAGUGCAUGGAGACCAUCGUCAAAGCCAAAGACCAGCAGGCGGCCGAGGCCAACAAGAACGCCAGCAUCCUGCUGAAGGAGCUGGACCUGGAGAAGUCCAGGGAGGAGAGCAAGAAGCAGGCCCUGGCAGCCAAGAGGGAGAAGCGCAAGGAGAAACGCAAGAAGAAGAAGGAGGAGCAGAAGAGGAAGCUGGAGGAAGAGGAGGCCAAGGUGAAGGAGGCCUUCUCCGAAAUGCAGGACCAGGAGAAAGACUCCAGCGAAGAGGCCGAGGUCCCCAUCGAGCCCCCCAGCGCCACCACCACCACCACCAUCGGCAUCUCUGCCACCUCGCCCACCUUCACCUGCGCCUUCGGCAAGAAGCGCGCCAACGUGGCCACCACGCCCAGCGUCGCCCGCAAGAGCAAGAAGAACAAGACCAAGGACUGCGCCAGCGAGCCCAUCAUCCUGCAGGACCCGCAGGUGGCGCUGGCCCAGCAGAAGGCCGACAAAAACAAGAUCCAGGGCGAGCCGCGGGGCGGCGGGGCGCCGGGGGGGAACAGCGACUCCGACAACCUGGACUCCGCCGACUGCACCAGCGAGAGCAGCAGCAGCGGCGGCAAGAGCCAGGAGCUGAACUACCUGCCCGACCUGCCUUCCUCCUCCUCCUCGUCCUCCUCCUCCUCCUCCUCGGCCUCCUCCGGCCCGGCCCACCACCCCCCGCCCGUCCCCGAGAAGAGACAGUGCCCCUCCCUGCACAGCUCCCGCGAGGACAAGGUCACGGUGUCCAUCUCCAAACCCCCGCAGAACAGGGCUCCAGACUCCGCCCCCGACUUGACUCACCACUCCUUCUCCUCGGCCUUGAAGACCAUGUCACUGCCCGUGUCGUCCCCCAACAGCAAGCUGAACCUCACCAGCCCCAAGAGGGGCCAGAAGAGAGAGGACGGCUGGAAGGAGGUGGUCCGGAGAUCUAAAAAGCUGUCUGUCCCCGCGUCCGUGGUCUCUCGGAUCAUGGGCCGGGGCGGCUGCAACAUCACUGCCAUCCAGGACGUGACGGGCGCCCACAUCGACGUCGACAAACAGAAGGACAAGAACGGAGAACGCAUGAUCACCAUCCGGGGCGGCACGGAGUCCACGCGCCACGCCGUGCAGCUGAUCAACGCGCUGAUCCAGGACCCAGCCAAGGAGCUGGAGGACCUGAUCCCCCGAAACCACAUCCGCAUCCCGGGCACCAACACCAAGAUGGGCUCCACCUUCACCACGGCGACGGGCGCCACCAGCACCACGGCGGCCGGCUCCAAGGGGCUGCCGUCGGUGGUGCCGUCCUCGGGCAUGUCCUUCCAGGCCUCCGCCUCCUCCGCGUCCUCGCAGGCGGGGGGCAAGGGGGGCAAGAGCCUGUCCCCCGGGGUGCGGCCGCCCUUCGUGUCCCUGCCCCUGGCCUACGCGCACCCCCAGCUGGCCCUGCUGGCCGCCCAGACCAUGCACCAGAUCCGCCACCCGCGGCUGCCCAUGGCCCAGUUCGGCGGGACCUUCACCCCCUCGCCCGGCACCUGGGGGCCCUUCCCCGUGCGUCCCGUCAGCCCCGGGAGUGCCAACAGCUCCCCGAAACACAACGGGGGCAUCGCCGCCCCCGGAGGGCCCAGACCGGGCCCCUCCCACGGCCCCGAGCACCUGGCCCCUGGCCUGACCCCGACCGCGUCCUCCGCCCCGUCCCUCCCCGCCGUCCCCACCCCCUCCUCCGUCAGGAAGCAGCUCUUCUCCUCCGAGCCCAAGCCUGCGGCGGUCGCUAUGGCGACGGCGGUAACCAGCGCCGCGGCGACGGCGAGCAGCGUGAGAUCCUCCAGCUCCCCCGCCCCCCUGGCCUGCACCGCGCCCACCACGCCCCCCACCCCUCCCCCUCCUCCCCCGCCCAUCGCCCCUCCUCCCACACAGCAGGUCCCCACUCCCAAACCCGAGCCCUGCCCCACUGCCACGCCCAGUAAGGAGAAGCCCUCGGAGCAGCAGGCCGCGCCCGUUUUGGCCGGAGCGCCCGAGGGCCCCGGCGCCUUGCCCUUCCAGGCCCCGCUCCCGCCCCUGGCCUCCCUCCCGCCCCCGCAGCCCGAGACCCGCCAGCCUCCACUGCCGCUGUCCUUCGCCCCGAACGCAGACUCCCCGCCCCCCAGUCGGCCCCGCCCGCGCCCCGCCCCCCCCGUGCCCUCCGUCUCCCACGCGGGCCCCGCCCUGCCUCAUUUCAGCGCCCCCGGCCCUGCCCCCCGCCCCUCCCCUCGCGUGCAGCCUGCCGGGCCCUUCUACCCGCUGGCCCCCGGGGGCUCCCUCCAGGACCCGCACUCCGUGUACAGCGCGCCCCAGGAGUCCCUGAAGCAGCAGCAGCAGCAGCAGCAGCAGCAGGGUCUGGCCGCGCCCGGCAUGGCGCCCCCCUCCCUCCAGAUGUCCUCGGCCAUCGGCGUGCUCAACGGCUCCCAGAUGCACCUCCACGCCGGCGGGGGGAAGGCCCAGCUGCCCCCCAAUUUCGGGCCCGCCGCCCUCUUCAACCAUUUCAGCAGCAUGUUCGACAGCAACCAGGUCGGCAACAGCCAGGUGUGGGGGGCCUGCCACCUCCCCGCCCGGACCCCGCCCGACCAGGCCUACGGACCGCCGCCCGCCUACAUGGGCAGCAUGGGCCAGAUGGAGGGCGUCAUGCCCCCGCCCGACAGCUCCAAAGCUCCCGGAUACCGCUGCACCUCCCAGAGGAUCGUAAACAGCCCCAUCGGCAUGCACCACAUGGAUCCUUCCGGAAACUCCAUCUCCACGUCCGCGGCACUGACCAGCUUCGCCACCAGCAUCUCGGGCAGCCCCGUGUUCCUGCAGGGCCCCACCCCCGUGACCACGCCCUCUUUCAGCCGCCAGCACUUCUCCCCCCACCCCUGGAGCGCGUCCACUUCCUGCGAGUCCCCGGUCCCGUCGGUGUCGUCGGGCGCGUCCUCCCCCCUCUCGGCGUCGGUGGCGGCUCCGGCGAUGGUCCAGACCAAGCCCAGCAACGCCAGCCAGCAGGACCGCAAGGUGCCUCAGCCAAUCGGCACGGAGCGCCUGGCCCGGAUCCGCCAGACCGGCUCGGUCAACCCCCCGAUGCUCACCACCAACUACACCCCGCCCGUCGGACAGGGGGGCAUCUGGUCUUUCGGCGUCGGUAGUGCCUCUGAGGCGAUGUCGGGCUGGUCGCAGCCGCUGAUGAGCAGUCACAUGAUGCAGCAGCAGCUGCCCGAGCAGUCGGCCUUCUCCCAGCACCAGCCCAUGGAGCGGGACGACACCGGCAUCGUGGCCCCCUCCAACACCUUCCACCAGCCCCCGCCCAGCAGCUACAUGGACUUCCCCAAGGGGUUGCCGAUGUCCAUGUACGGGGGAGCGAUGAUCCCGCCGCACCCCCCGAUGGCAGAGGGCCCGGGGGGGGCCAUGUACAACGGCCUCCACACUGCCGACCCGGCCUGGAACCCCAUCCUCAAAGUGGUCCCCAACUCCGCAGAGAACUCAGACCCCCAGCAGGUCUGGCCUGGUACAUGGGCCCCACACGUUGGGAACGUACACAUGAACCACGUCAACUAAAAACCAUCAACCGCAAACAAAAUGGCGACCGAGGAGGCAUAGGACCAGUUAAAGAAACACAAAACUUUUUUUUGUUUUUUUUUGUUUUUGUUUUUGUUUUUUUAAGAACAAUUACAAAGAGGUUAACCUAGUAGUGUCCUAAGUGAUAAAUGAAACACCCGGUAAGAAUCAGAGGGACGGACGCUAUUUUUGAUGUGCCUAACUAAAUAAGAAUUCAGUGUGGGCUUUAACCCGUUUACCACGGUCUAUGAACAAAUGGAUUGCCUGUUCAACAGGACACGUUCUCUGCGUAGUAUAGCCGUUUUGACUUUAAAAAAACCCACAUAAACUGUUCUUGGUCUGCAGGGCUCAACAACAGGACUGUAAGCUAUUUAUACAUGGCCAAGAACUAGAUUACUGCAUAAGGAGAUGAAUCAGACCUUUUAGAGUGGUAAAUACAUGUAUAAUUGUUUACAUACUAAAAAAAGGGUUCAAAUGAGAGUAAAUUUCAUGUCGUAUAGUGGCUCAACUUUAUGUAGCCUGUAUUAAUGUGAAAUAUUUACCUUAAUAUUCAAUAAAAAGAUGGAACUGUA